AUGUUAAACGCAGACCAGGCUGAUAUGGGUUCCAAGAUCAACUUCAUUUUCACGGGUAUGUCAUUCUUGUCGAUUUUUGUGUUCUACUUCAUCCAACCGGAAACCGCUGGAAGGUUUUUUAAAGAGAUCGACGAGUUGUAUGAUAAAAACAUUCCCCUAAAGGAGUGGAAGUUAUACAAGACUCAGAAGCAACAAGAUAGCGAUAGGUUCUAUGACGAUUUGAAGCAGGAAGUUUCUCACGCUGAGUAUGAUUUUGAGCCAGAAGAAAUUUGA